UUUACAAGCUGCAUCUGUGAUCACUGGCAGGUUUAGUGAAACAAACAUUAGCUGAACUAGGGUAGAUUAUGGAUUGCUGGAAGGGAGCCGUAGGCCGCAGCUGGAUUUAUCCCACGCUAAUCAUCUGUGCAUAUGGAUUUUUCUCCACAAUGAGGCCAUCAGAAGCUUUUCUCACUCCUUACUUAACUGGACCAGACAAAAACCUAACAAUUGAAGAGGUUACAAACCAGAUUUUCCCAGUUUGGACAUACUCCUACCUUGCACUCCUUUUCCCAGUCUUCCUGAUUACAGACUAUGUGCGUUACAAGCCCAUCCUCCUCCUCCAGGGCAUCAGCUUUAUCGUCACGUGGCUCUUGCUCCUCUUUGCACAUGGCGUGGUGGCCAUGCAGGUGGUGGAAUUCUUCUAUGGAAUGGUGACAGCCACCGAGGUCGCCUACUACGCCUACAUCUACAGCGUCGUCAGCACCGAUCACUAUCAGAGAGUGACGAGCUAUUGCAGAAGUAUCACUCUUGUUGCAGCCACUGUUGCUGCCGUGCUGGGACAGCUGCUGGUUUCCUUAGCAGGUGUAUCCUACUUUCACCUUAAUGCCAUUACUUUGGCUUCUGUGUCCCUGGCAUUUGUGUGUUCAUUUUUCCUCCCAAUGCCUCAGAAGAGUAUGUUCUUCCACAGGAAAGAUGCCUCAGAGCCUCUCCCGGGACCAGAUAAAGUUGUGGCUACAGUCAGCUCCGACAGGCCACCGGGCCGCCAAGAGGACAAGGGCUCCGUAUCUGCUGACAGGGGACCGACAGCUGAACAUCAGGCUGAUAAUGCCAAGCCCCAGAAUCAUGUACUCAGGGUACUGGUGCAGCUGAGCAAGGACCUGAGGGAUUGCUACAGCUCCAGGAAACUUCUCUGCUGGUCCCUGUGGUGGGCUCUGGCUACAGCAGGCUUUAACCAGGUUCUGAAUUAUAUCCAAGUGCUGUGGGACUUCAGAGCCCCCUCUCACAGCUCUGCAGUGUACAAUGGGGCUGUUGAAGCAAUAGCAACUUUUCUAGGUUCAGCAACAUCCAUGGCAGUUGGAUAUGUCAAAGUAAACUGGGAUCUUUCUGGAGAGUUGGCUUUGGGAAUUUUCUCUGCAAUGGAUGCUGGUUCUCUGUUUCUCAUGCGCUUUACUGACAACAUCUGGGCAUGUUAUGCUGGUUACCUUGUGUUUAAAGCAUGCUAUAUGCUCCUUAUAACAAUAGCAACGUUUCAGAUCGCUGUCAAUCUAAGCAUGGAGCGUUACGCCUUGAUGUUUGGCUUCAACAACUUUGUUGCACUGGUGAUUCAGACAAUUUUAACUAUUGUUGUAGUAGAUUCAAGAGGUCUGGGACUGGAUAUCAGCACUCAGUUUCUCAUUUAUGGCAGCUACUUCACAGUCAUAGCUGGAAUUUUCCUGAUCAGAAGCAUAUACACCAUUAUCUCCAUCAAAUGCAGAAAUAACAGCGUGGCUGGUGAAAGCAUUGAUCAUUAACAAAGGAGACAAGAAGAAUGGCCGCAAGCAACAGGACAGAAGGCUGCAUCAUCUGAACAAUGAAUUAGGAGAAACAAUGCUCAACCAAUUUCACUGAUCAAUGGUUAAACAGGCUGUUUAUACAAGCCUACAUCACAAAGAGCUUCAUCAAUAGGAUGAUGCAUUUUGCCUAUUUUCUUCACCAGUAGCUCUAAUACCAAACAACCCUCAAUCUUUCAUUUAAACUAAAAUUUAAUGAUCUAUUAAUGCUCGAUAAGCACAAGCAAGUGCAUACAGAUGCCUGAACCUCACAACAGAACAACUUACAGGACACAACCUUUGAACUGCUACCUCUACUGUGUGUUUCAAUUAAAGGUAAUUUAGUCAUAGGUUUAAGACCUUCAAAAAUUCCUAGAUGUGCUGGUUUUGGUGGGGAUAGAGUGAAUUUUCUUCACAGUAGCUGGUAUGGGGCUCUGUUUGGGAUUUGUGCUGAAAAGUGUUCAUAACAAGGAUGUUUUUGUUCCUGCCGAGCAGGGCUUACACGCAGUCAAGGCCUUUUCUGUCUCUCACCCCACCCCACCAGUGAGGGGCUGGGGGUGCACAUGGGGUUGGGAGGGGACACAGCCGGGACAGCUGACCCCAACUGACCCACAGUAUGUCCCACACCAUAUGGCAUCACGCUCAGCAUAUAGAGCUGGGGGAGAUGGAGGAAGGGGGAGGGCAUUCAGGGUAAUGGCAUUUGUCUUCCCAAGUAACUGUUACACAUGAUGGAGCCCUGCUUUCCUGGAGAUGGCCGAGCACCUGCCUGCCCGUGGGAGGCAGUGAAUUAAUUCCAUGUUUUGCUUUGCUUGUGUGCAAGGCUUUUGCUUUGUCCAUUAUUUAUCUGUCUUUAUCUCAACCCAGGAGUUUCCUCACUUUUACUCUUCUGAUCCUCUCUCCCCCACCCCAGCAGAGGAGUGAGCAAGUGGCUGGGUAGGGCUUCAUUGCCAGCUGAAAUUCAGCCACAACACUAGAGAAUCUAGAGAAACAGUUGCCUCACAGCAGCAAGGUGAUCUGUUGGAAAGCUUGUCACAGAAACCUUUAGAAAGGCUUAAGACUUUCAGCUGGAAGUUGUGACAUGCAUUUUGAAGCAAGUUAACAAAUAGCAAUAAACCUUUUUUUUCCAAAAAACACUACUAUAUGUUCAAAGGUGGAUUACUACAAUGCUACAUAGCACGGCGAUGCUGUCACUUCAGUUUACAAACAGCCAAAUGCAGUAAUUUCAGAUUCCACCCAGACCAUGCACUCCUCAGAAAUCUGAGGUUCCAGGACUAAGAAAAACAUGUCACUACAUACAGAUAAAGUGCUAGUGAUGCAGUGACAGAUUUACUGUGAAUUUGUUGAAGAUAUACGAACACAACACACUAAACUUCCCUUUGAGGGUCUGUCUGGAUAAGCAUAUGCAUUAGUUCUGUCUGACAACUGUCAUGACCCACAUGCUUAUCUUUGGAAGCAAAAACCCUUCUGAACUAGAUAUUUAUUUUUAAGCCAUGGGGAGUCACUUUAAGUGGUGGUAUUUAAGUAAGACUGUCUUGUAUAGAAAUUAAAGAUUAGAUAUAACUUAAAGCUAGUUAUGGAAUGUUCUUUCAACUAUGUUCAGUAACGUCCACUUUGGAGUCAACUAUCAGACAACAGCAAAUUCCAGUGUGUUCCUUUACCACAACUUACAGAUUUGCCAAGAGUCAGAACUAAUGUUUUCUCCAAUUCAGCUUACAAGUAAAAAUCAUUAAUUCUUCUAAAAACAUAAUUUUUAGAAGCUGCUCGAGCUUGCCUUUAUGCCUUAAAAAGUUUUCCCUUCAAGAAAGCAGAAUACUUGCACCACAUUUGUAAUUAUUUUUCAGGAAUUCUAGCUAAAUUUGGUCCUUUUCAAAUUAAUUUCUUGCUUCAGCAUUCAUUUGAACACAGCGCUUGGGAGUUUAGAGCCAUUAAAUAACUUUGAAGUGCGGAAACUGAGCAUCACAUCUGCCUUCUAGAACUCGGGAUGUACCUCUUACAGCAUCUUCUGACACACAAGAGCUGACCUAUUAGGAGUAAAAGUAUUAAUCCAGAAGAUCCCAAAAUUAAUUUCUGUAUAAAAGGGCUAAAGUUAUCAAGUGCUUUAAUGCUAAAGAAGCUACUGAAAAGCUAGCUGAAGUAUAGCUUUUUGGCAACUAUGCUAGCUGCAUGAGCAAUUACGUGAACAACUGUAGAGAUUUCUACGACAAAACAUUUAUAAUCAUGGGUGAAGAAUCCAUUUUGGAAAUACAGCUAUUUAAAAAAAUCUAAUCAACAAAACAGGUAUGGUGUCGGUUUCUGCUCAAUACAAAGGACACUCAAAACAAUAACAAGAUCUUCAGCCACUUGUUUGGAGUUUGACAAACUUCAAGUUAGUGAACACACACUAAACAGAUGUGGUUGUGUAUGACAGAAGUUGCCAACCUUUCUUCUGCAUUCAAACUGGUUACAAAAAAUAAGGUAUUCCACUAUUUCUAUAGCAUCACCUAAAACUGCAUGCCUUGCAUACUUAAAUGAAUUUCAGUAUCUCAUCAGCUUCAUUAGGAUCACAACAAUUUCAAUAGAUGACCUCAUUAGCCCUUGCCCAAAGCUUAAUUUGCAUCAAUUUAGGUGAAGGAAGCACAGGAUUGUUCCUCUUCCACAAGGCUAUUCCUCAUCUCGUUGAUUUGGUUGCUUUGGUCCAGUUCCCUGCAAUAAGCAUAUUUAAGCAUUCCAGAAGUCCUUCGGAACCCUUGCAGCUCCCCACUCUCUACUACAUUUAUGUGUUACUAUCCCAAACCAGGUAAGGUCAACAACAGGGAAGAACUACAGCUAUUUAUACUAUGCUAAAACACUGGUGAAAGCAAGAGCAUCGCUAACACCCUGGAAACCCUCAAUUGCUGGAGAUUUUAGUGAAUUUCCCAAAGAGUCUUGGGAAUUAAGCCAUACACCAUACUCUGUCCAGCAGUCCUCAUCAGAAGGAAAAGAAAGACUUCAAGUCUCUUAACUUGAAAUAUGUCAAUAGGACAAACCCAGACAUUUAAGCGAGGAACGCUACUAUAUAAGCAGCUUGUAUAACCUGCCUGUCUCCUGCUUUGGGAUCUUCAAAGCUUAAAAAAAGUAUAGAAAUUACUACCACCCCAUAGGCAAGCAACAGAAGUCAAAAGCACUGGCAUAAAGAGUGUCUACAAGCAGUGGUUGAGUCUUUCAGCUCCCCUAGAAAUAAGCAGAUCUAACACUCAGGCAGUCAAGUACAAGGGAAAUGUCUUACCUUUAAGAAUUUUCGUAUUUGCCUCAAGUGGGUUUGCACAUCCUUUUGUCAAAAGUCAUGCAACAGCUGAUCUUAUUUAUUCCUGUUAUCUUGAAAGCUGUUAAGAGCUUUGUUCUCUGGCUGGUCAGAAACCUUUAAGCUUGCAGGUUUUGUAUUCAUAAUAUAUUUACAUUAUUUUCUUAGCUCUGAUAUUACACUUGAACUCAAGCCAGUUACGUCUGUGUUUUAAAACACCAUCACCAACUACUCUGAUGCAAAGUUAUAUUUUUCUUGAACCUUCUUACUAUUACAGACUAGACAAGCCAGACAUUUUUUGCCCCCUCUACAAAUUGCAUUUUAGUAUGACAGAAAAUAUUCCAGUAAAUAAAAAAAUUGAUGAAUUUAAUAUUCCACAAGAGGUCUUACUAAUAUAUAUCAAUUUUUAAUAAAGAGAGUGCUGUUACAUGUGUGGUACCUUGGCCUGCUAUUACACAUACUGUUCUGAUCACAACUAAGUCUUGUUCAAAGACUGUCCUUAGCUACCCAUAAUUACAUGUCUUUCGCAGCUAACCAUUUCUCAAGUAACUACUCUCCUCAGUGCUUCCAGUGUCCUUCAUUGCACAGCUAUUCUGUCAAAAUAAUCCAAGUUCACUUAACAUUUUCCUGUUCAAUAGGUCACUUCACUUGAGCUAGAACAGCAAGCUUAAUCACUAGGACACAAAGAAACAUAUCCAAGUAAGGCAUGCAAAAAUUUUAAGCUUAACUCACCUUUAAGCAUAUUGCUUCUGAUACACAGAUGAGUUAUCAGACUCACAAUAUGAACAUUUUAACACAAAAAAGUGUUAUUGCACAGAAAUAAUGCUACACAAUUUUUUUUUCUAAUAUUUAUUUUUUUCACCUGCAAACUGUAGCAAAACAUGAUCAGCUUUAUUAUGCAGACAGAUAUCCCUCUAACAUUAGAGAUUUAGGCAUGUAUAAAUAGAAGAGCUCUUAGGAAAGGAAAACAUUGUGUUGAGAAAUGAACAAACCUUCAAUUUAACUUCAUGACUUCCAAUACCAAUGGUUAAAAUGAUGUAGCUCAUUCAUUCCAAGAGAUACAACAGCACCUUAAAGUGGCUGAUCUAUUUCCCAGUAACAUUUUUCACAUAACAAUGUGUUAAAGUUACAAAUACUGAUAUGCACAAAUAGCUAUUUUCUAAGAAAAAUAUGUACAGUACUGCAGCAUAAUGAAUGUGGUAUCUGCAAUAACUUAUUAGCCAAUUUUAAUAUACAUGAUACCGCUACUUUUUACCUGCCAGUUCACAGGUUCAAGGAUGUUACCACAGCCCUCUGUUUUGCACGUUAUUACCUGGUGGGGGGGGGUUGAUUUUCUUGGAUUUUGUGGUUUGUUUGGUUUUUUUAAUUUUUUAAAGGUACACAAUGCAGGCUUUUAUUUUUACUUCUUAAAGACUUCUUUUGUGUUUAAAGCUAAUAUCAGUGAAACAAGACAACAGUGCAAGAGGCGCAGAGAUGUUAUGUGACCACAUAAGAGUUCUUUUGGGUAAAGUGUCUAUAAGGCUAUAAGAAAGGAUUGGUUGAUGAGCUUCCCGUUGGAAAUUGUCCUGUUGGUGCACCAGCC